AGAACGGGUGCUUGUUUCUGCGUGAUCUAUAACGGCAUAUUGUACCCUUAAAAUAGCUUUUCUCUUC